ACUUGACGUGAAGAGAUGGGUUCUGUGGGAGCAGAGCGCCGCAGGCCCACGCCGGCCCAGACGCCCGAAGAGAGGGAUGUGUGGCGGGAUGGAGGGAGAGCUGGAUGGAGGGAUGUGGGGAGGGAGGGCUGGAGGGAGGGGAGGGAGGGGAGGGAGAGCGGCGUGGUGCAGAGCUACAGCUUCGACUCGUACCAGCUGGAGGAGGAGGAGAUCAGCAAAGACGCCCCCGAGCGAGGAGUCCUGGCUCUGUCCGAACCCGACUGUGAGGAGCCGAUCCCAGACGACCGGUAUCAUGGGAUCUACUUCGCGAUGCUAUUGGCCGGAGUGGGUUUCCUGCUUCCCUACAACAGCUUCAUUACGGACGUGGACUACCUGCACCAGAAGUUCAAAGGAACGUCCAUCGUGUUCGACAUGAGUCUCACAUACAUCAUCGUGGCCCUGAUGGCCGUGAUCCUGAACAACGUGCUGGUGGAGAGACUCAGCUUGCACACCAGAAUCACUGUGGGUUACAUCUUAGCUCUGGGGCCUUUGAUCUUCGUCAGCGUCUUUGACGUCUGGCUGGCAAAGUUCACCACCAGACAGGCCUACGUCGUGAACCUGGUGUCCGUGGGGGUGGUGGCCUUCGGGUGUACAGUGCAGCAGUCCAGUUUCUAUGGUUACAUGGGGAUGCUGCCCAAGAGGUACACACAGGGAGUGAUGACUGGAGAGAGUACGGCCGGAGUGAUCAUCUCGCUGUCGCGAAUCUUCACCAAGCUGCUGAUCAAAGACGAGAGGAGGAACACGCUCAUCUUCUUCCUGGUCUCCAUCAGCAUGGAGAUGCUCUGCUUCCUGCUGCACCUGCUGGUCCGGCGCUCCCGGUUUGUCCGCUACUACACCGACCACGCCCAGGGCAAAGGGCCGGGCAAAGGUCACGACCCCCGGGACAACGGGACGGGGUACAGGGUCCAUCAUGACGUCACUGCAGAGGAAGUAAGAUUUGGAAAUGGAGGGACGGCUCCGACCUCCACAGAGGAGGGCGUUGAGGAAUUUGUGGGAGGAACCUAUGUGCGAUUUGAUGCCCCGAAGGCCAAGAUAAGGACGAGCUGGCCUGGAGUCCGAGACAUGAUCGUGCACCGGUACGUGGUGUCCCGUGUGAUCUGGGCCUACAUGCUCUCCAUCGCUGUGACCUACUCCAUCACCCUGUGCCUGUUCCCCGGGCUGGAGUCCGAGAUAAAGAACCCAGAGUUAGGGGAGUGGCUGCCCAUCCUCAUCAUGGCCACCUUCAACAUGGCCGACUUCGUGGGCAAGAUCCUCGCAGCGCUGCCGUACGACUGGUCCGGAGGCCGCCUGCUCUUCUUCUCCUGCCUCAGGGUGGUCUUCAUCCCUCUCUUCGUCAUGUGCGUGUACCCGGCCAGUGCGCCCAUCCUGUCCCACCCGGCCUGGCCCUGUCUCUUCUCCCUCCUCAUGGGAGUCACCAACGGAUACUUCGGGUCGGUGCCCAUGAUCCAGGCUGCGGGCAAAGUGCCGCCCGAGCAGAGGGAGCUGGCAGGAAACACCAUGACCGUCUCCUACAUGACCGGCCUGAUGGUGGGCUCCGCGGUGGCGUACGCCGCUUACAGCUUCACGGCGCCCGGAGCAGGAACAAGCUUCUCCACGCUCAACGUGCACACGGCUGCCAACGCUACCGGCUACUGA